AUGGCACGUUUUCAUGGAACCCCAGACUCAAAACGGGAUCAAUUUCGUAGAUAUUUGGAGAAAGGUGGUGUGAUCGACAGCCUUACCACCGUUUUGGUGUCUCUGUAUGAACAGCUGGAAAAACCUAACAAUGCUUUGGAGUUUGUGAAGAGAAACCUGGGCACGGCCGGGCACAGCUCGGACUCUGAGGAUCUACAGCAGCAGAUUUCAGAGCUGAAGCAGAAAUGUGCUCAUCUCACUGAAGAGAACAAGAAGAUGAAAGAAAAGCUGCUCCAGUAUGAACCCGAACCCGAUCCUCAAAAUGGCGUUUGA